AUGGCUACUGCUCAUGGAUCCACCACUCACCUUCCAACAGGGCCGAUGUCUGCCACGGCACCCAUAAGUGCAGAUGAAUUGAAAGAAUAUGAGCGCAUUCUGAAAAUCAGUGAUGAGAUCUUCGCGGGCUCUCACCCACGUCUCAAGGUCCCCCAGCAGUUUGUACGCAAACCUGCGGCGAGGAGUAGCCAAAAUGGCCCUUUAGCCCAACAGGUAACGAAAAGCAAACCUGCUGGGAUUCCUACAGACAACGUACCUUUAGCCAACAUGGCCCAACGCCCCCAAAGCUCACAGGCUCCUCCCACAACAGGCAAUGCGCCGUCAACAUCGGUUCUAAACGCUGCAGCACCCCCCUUCCGAAUGGCUUCCAAACCCACCUCAGAAAUCGAUCCUAUCUUCUUGACCAAGUCGGACGAUCUCGUUCGGGCAGAGAUUCAAUUGCAACGACAAAGGGUGGAAAGGACACUACGGGAUCAGUUAGAGCAGAAGAAGCAUGACUCGAAACAGAAACCCGCGAUCCAAGACACAAAACCGGACUUUGAUGUCUCGGAUGUUUUAGAUCGUGCACUCGAGAUCGUGCGACCUGUUUCAUUGAGUGACCCCUCUGAAGUCAUUGGGCCGAACGAUUCCUUUGACGAAAACUCCUUCUACUCCAUGGCUCCAGCUCAGCCGGUGGCCGCUGCUCCACGGGUGCCGGUAGAUCAUUACGCAGAUGAGUUGCAACGACUGGAAGCUCUGAACCGACCGGGAUCUGACCAGGAAAUGCAUGAUGCUUACCCUGUUGUUGACCAGGGCGCCCCGAAUCAUCCAAAGCCAACACUCCUUGUACAGCCCAAAGUCACCGGUCCUCUCCAUGAGUUAGAAGGAGCGGAUGCACUUGAAGAACCAGAAUACUCUCCACCAGCACCAGAGGCACCCCCACCUGAUCCACGAGACUACGAGCGAAUGGCAAUCGGCGGUGAUCGAGGCAGAUACGCCGACCAAACACAGGGAAUGCAGGGCGUGAUUUCACCUGCAAGCAACGUGAAGGUAGUUCGGAACCACAUCACCUCCCCGGCUGCCCCUCGGCCGUCACGAGUGUCUCCUUUGGCGACUGCCAAAGUCCCCUCAGUUCAACAGAUUCGAGGCGGACGGCCCGAGCGCGGAUCUGAACAGGUAUACUCGGACCCUGACUCUGGUCGUGCCAGCCCUAGUGGCCCAGCUCCUCAAAUCAUGUCCCGAAAGCGAAGAAAACUACAUGGGAAAGAAGAUGCCCGCCUGGUCUCUCACAAAACUCAAACUGCUGGACCCUCCGAUGCAUACAUUAAAGAAGAGCCAGUCUCACCCCCGCCUUUUGCUGAUGACCCGGCUGUGAUGCCGAGCCGGCAACCUCAAGAACGGCCAGUGUAUAUUGACAUUGCGUCACCACAAUACACUCCCGUGGUCGAGAGGCAUGAGUCCGUGCGUGGCCCAGUCUACGAGUCGAAUCCUUAUCAUGAGAUUCCUGCCGAACAAGGAACACACCGGGAAAUUUCUCGACUGGGCGACCGGCGAGUGGUUCGUGACGACACCGACCUGCGCCGUGUCGCUACUAUGCAGUACGCUAGACAACCUGAAUAUCAUCGUGGCUAUGUCGAGGCCGAUCCCCGUGGUGUCCGGGCUGCAUCUUAUGCAGUUGUGGAAAGGUUGCCUCAAGAGCGACCUAGAUACUACGAAGAAGUCCCCUCUUCAUAUGGACCUCGCUACAUUACCGUGGAUGACGAUCAUCAGUCUGCAUAUCAAGACCCGUAUUACGAAGAGCAUCCACCGGUACGCGUCAUGGCUGCACCCGAACGCCGCUUUGUUGUCGAUGAACACGGUAAUCGCUUCGAGAUGGUCCCAGCCCCGAGGAUGCAGCCUAUGGCGCCUCCUCCGAGACCAAUGUCACGGGCACCAAAGGCCGAUGUAUACGGUGAUCACGUCCCUGUCCGUACAGCCAGUGUUCGAGCCGCUUCCGUCGUACAGGAUCCCUAUGGUGAGCACAGAUACGUGCAGGAGAUGCCUCCACCCCCGCCGACAUACAGAAGAGUGGUUUCGGACUAUGCUCGCCCGGUCGCCGGAGAACGAAGAGCACACGCAGCACCAUUGGAAAGUCACGACCCAUACGCUCCCAGUGACAACGUGCAACUUGCCGAAUACGUCCCUCGUCGACCGGCAUACGUAGGGGAGCAUGCCCCACCUCUAGACAGAGUCAUUCGCACUGCAAGCGUACGGCCACAACAGGUUCGGUACGAAGAGCCCAUGGAAGUUGUCCAGCGUGUCAGCAGUGUUCGUCCCGGUGGGCCUAGUCGCGACGUGAGCGUCUUUGUGGAGGAUCGGCAACGGGGCGAGUACGUUGAACGGCCUUACUACGUGCGGGAGCAACGAUAUUACGAAGCUGAUGAUGGAAAUCGCAUGGCGUUGGAUGGGCCCGCGGAUUCGGUGCGGCGUGCCCCGUCGCGCUACUAA